UCAUCUCCCCUCCUUCACUGCCCCAUCAGCCCUCCCCUCCUCUUUAGUCCUGGGGAACCUCAUUGGAUGCCUGUGUCCCUCUGUUCCCCAGCUGCAAUGGACACCCACAUACUCAACGAUCCGUCAAAAAAGCGUCGGAAGGGGGCCACUCGUCUGUCGUGUGCGGAAUGCAGACGACUCAAACUCCGCUGCGAUAGACAGAUUCCCUGUGGAUCUUGCGUUAAACGUGGUUGUGGUGCUAUCUGUCCCGACGGGUCUCUCACAACCGGCCAGGGGAACAGGUUCGUCCUGGCCUCCACGACUGAACUCCACGACAAGAUAUCCGAGCUGUGCAAUCGUGUUCGUCAACUAGAAGAUGCCCUCAGAAUUUCCCAUUCCAUGGUGUCGGGCGACCGUCAUCCUCUGCUCUCGGAAGAGCUUCUUCAGAUCAAAGCCCCAUUGCAGCGGGAACCUCCGAGCCUCCGAAAUGUCUCUAAAAACGAAGUUAAGCGGGAGGACCAAAAUAGUGAGGUCGUGGACGCUUUUGGCUCAUUAUCCAUCAAUGCCGCUGGCGGAGCGAACUAUCAUGGAUCCAUUGCAAACUCUUGGUAUUUCCUCCAGAACGAAGUUUCGGACGGUCCGGGAAGCGACUCAGACCGCUUGAAUGUUCUUAAAAGUUUGCUCUCCCCCAUGAUACUGGGCCGGAGCGGAGCAUUUCCAAUUGUGCCUAGUUCUCAACAUCCACCCGUGGCAGAGAGCGAAGACCUGCGCCAGAUAUUUUGGAACCUGCCCGAAGCGUCAAAGGCGCAAGUCCUUAUUCAAUCCUAUUUUCGGCUGGGCACUUGGAUAUACAACCCCAUAAGCGAGCAGGACUUUAACGAAGAGAUUUAUCAUAUAUUUUACGAACGAAACGCCCAUCCGGCAGCAGAUGAUCCGCUCGUUUCGCACAAGCUCUCAGUGAUGUUCAUAGUCUUGGCUAUUGGGACCUUUAUGAAUACCCAAAUACCAGCGUACAGCAUUGACGCUGAGAAGUACUACCACCUCGCCCGUGCAGCGCUCUUUCAACGCUCUCUCCUCGAUAACCCAACAGUCAGCGCUGUGCAAGCACUGUUCUUGAUGACUUUCUAUCUCUUCCUUUCGGAUCGACAUGGCUCGAGUUCUGGCUCUCGAUGGGUCAUGAUGGGCACCACAAUCAAAAUUGCUCAAAGUAUUGGCCUUCAUCGUGACCCCAGCAAAUGGCUCACUGACGCGAGGGAGAUCUUGCGCCGCCGGACCCUAUUCUGGGAGCUGUAUACCUAUGACUCUUGGCAAUGCAUCACUUUGGGCCGUCCACCAUCUUUCAAUUUGGCCCAUAUAGACUGCAAGUUACCCUCCGCGGGGGAUGAUGAUGAUUCAUUCCACACUUGGAAACAUCGCUUCACUUCGGAAUGUAUGAGUGUCAUCCACGAUCAAGCGUUCGGUGCAAAGACUCCAUCAUACGACACUGUUCUACAUUUGGACCGAAAGUUACGGGCGUUCCCUGUGCCGCCUAACCUUCAGGUGGUUGGUUUCGGAGGUUCGGCCAACUCUACCGAACCACGUCAUCAAGACAGUGUAUUAGUGAUAUUACAACGGCACAUCGUGCUCGCGAUACGAGAAAUGAAUCUCUUGUCCCUUCAUCGGAGCUUCUUCGCGCGCGCACUCACUGACCAUCCGAAGGAUCCGCUUGGAAGCUCCUACGGAACAUCUGUCAUCGCGGCCUAUCGUAGCGCAGGAUCUCUCGUAGCCCUCAUGCGGAAUUUGCAUACACAGAUCAAGGAACCGAGUGAGCGGAUUUGGUUCCUAUGGACUCACAUGUUCUCCUGCGCGAUUGUAUUGGGAUCCGUUGUUACUCGAUGUCCUUCGAUGAGCCUGGCUCCGUCGGCACUUGUCCAGCUGGACUCUGCAUGUGAACUUUUCUCGAAAACUGCCCACGGCUUCCGUGCACAGCCUGUCUUGGACAUCAUGAUGACGCUGCGUGAAAAGGCACACCACAGCCUGGAAGAGUACCGCAGCGGCAAGGUGCCCCCAAUUACGAGGCAAUUGUCAAGCCAGUCCGAACCGCGUUCGCCGUUCAAUGAGAAUGACGAACUUGUACUCUGCGGAAAGACAAGACUCGUCGACAAAAAGGACUCGGUGACACCGUCACCGCCAAUGCUGCCGUCUGCCGUGCUAGAUCACUCGCCGACAUCAUUCAACCCUGUUGUUCCGCUACCACUUGCGACAUCCGGAGGUAAUCAAGUUCAUCCUUUCCUUGUGGACUACCUACGCAGUUUUUCGAAUGCGCCUAAUAACCAAUACCACGGCAACGGGCAGAUGAAUGGCAACGUGUCCUAUGGAAUGAACUCCCCAUCGCAAGAACAUCCUUUCCCCCAGGAAUCGUUACUUGCGUCGUCGACACCACCCUCUUACACCGGUGGAGAAUACGAUGACUGCCAGAUGGCCGUACAACCUAUGGAGUUGGUUUCGGGACAGUUCCCGUCCUAUUUCCCCGUGUACGACUACUCGUACGGCGGUGGCAAUAGUGUGAAUGGGUACAGCCAAAGGAACGGGAGUGGGUCACAUGUCAACGGGGCCGGCGUGCAAGUGCCCGGAAGGGGGAUAUCACCAGAGGGCAACAUGAUGCUGAAUGCGUGGCAAGAAUUCGUGGAUUCAAGUGUAAGUAGUAAUGUAACAUUUGGCAACUGAGUUGCGUCUCUGGUGUAUUUUUGCUUGGGACUUUGUGCACCCGUUUGUGCUGCUCUUUCUUGCUCAUCUUGGCUGUGUACCUAUCUAACUACAUAUAUCACCUCGAAUAAUCGCACGUUGCGAAAUGUUGCAUAUUGUCGCCGUUGUUUGUAUGACAUCCAUUUGUUGACUUCUUGGACCUGGCGCUCGACGUAAACAAUGGCAAACAGCAU